GCUAGUAGCUCCUUUCUGGUGGAGAACAUGCCAACAAAGAUGAUUCAUAGACUGUGGUUAGCUGCAUGGUUUUGUAGUAAAGCCUUUUAAAGAGUGGGUGCUUGAACAAAUGUUGGCCCCAUGACAGCAGGAACUGAUCCUGAUCCUGCUGAGUCUUCCAAUGCUGUGAAGAUGCCAAGCAUCAUGCAGAUCAGACACAUACCAUACCUGGACCACAAUUAUGGACAGCCCCCACCUAUGACUCCACCUGACUCAAGUAGCCCAACACCAGAUGAUGUAGAUACAGGCAAUGAAGAUGAUGAAGGCAAUGCUAUUACAAGAUGUAUCUGUGGAUUUAAUCAUGAUGAUGGCUACAUGAUAUGUUGUGAUAAAUGCAGUGUUUGGCAGCAUAUUGAGUGCAUGGGCAUUAGUUCUGAAAAUUUACCAGAAAACUAUUUAUGUGAACAGUGUGAUCCAAGGGUUCUAGAUAGAGAUCGUGCUAAAGCUAUCCAAUCAAGAAAAAGAGAAGAAAUGAGUGAUGAUGAUGAUGACGAUGAUGAGAGUGCCGAGGAUGCAGAUGGUACAUUAUACACUGCAGUUUCCAACACUCCAACUAGAAUAACCUUAACUGCUAAAGUCAGCCAUCAGAAAAGAAAAAAUCCAGGGCCAAGAGUAAAGGGAGAAAAAGACAAGGAGAAGAAACAGAAAAGGACAAAGAGACAGAAACAAAGACUAUCUGCAGAUUUUUUACCAGUGGAUGAGGAAACAAAUGGACCAUGGGAGAGUAAUUGUAGCAAAUCUGAGUAUUAUACUGAAGUAAAAGAAUGUAUAUACAGCCAGGAAAUUUUGGAGUAUAUGGCAAAACUACCACAGAACAAUCAAGAAGCUCUAAUACCUGAGGGAACAGAACAGUUCUGUAAAAUAGUGGAAGUGCAAAGAAAUACUAAGGGUUUGGUAACAACAGAAGAUCUCCAUAAAAAUCAGUUCCUUGUAAAGUAUAAUGGCAAAAUGAUGCUAAGACAUGAAUUUGAUGAAGAGAACCCAGUAUUCAGAAGGUAUAAUCCCUACGUUCUGUUUUACGAUCAUCAAGACCACUUGAAGCUGUGUGUGGAUGCACGUGUGAUGGGUAAUGAUGCAAGGUUUGUCAGAAGAUCUUGUUCACCUAAUACAGAGGUGCGUUGCAUUGUUCAAAAUGGAAAGCUUAAUCUGGUGUUGUUCUCUUUAUACCCACUCCCAAAAGGAGCUGAAAUAACUAUUCCAUUUGAGUUUAGCCUGGCAGAGUACAACUGCUCUUUAUCAUGUGCUUGUGCACAAGACACAUGUACUGUUGCUAAGUAUAAAUUAAAACACCAAGUGCCAAGUCAGGAGUUAAAUAGCAUCAUGGAGCAUAAUGGUCAUAAACUAUGUGAUGACAGUAGUAACUCCAGCCACAACCCUCUCACUACUUCUCCUCUAAGAGCAACACUGGCCACACAAAACAGCUUUCAGGGUGACAGUGAUUCAGACCUUGAUAAUAAUCAUGAGAGAUCUGAAGCUGAGAAUAGGAGAAAGAAACUCAGUAGAGAAGAAAGAAAACUAGAAGCUUAUGUCAAACAAAUUGAAAAAAUGGAGAAGAAAGAAAAGAAAAGGCAACAGCCUCAAAAAGAGCAUCGGCCUGUUUUGAGAGUGUCUUCAGAUGAAGGAAAAGCUCAAAUCAGGGGGAUACGUGGUCAGAGGCAACUAAGCCACAAGCGCAGGUCUAAUGGUUCAUCAUCAGUAUUAAAGAAGAAAAGAGCAUGUGCAUCAAGCUGUUCAUCAGAACCUUUAUCACCAGAUGAAGUUAGCAGCAGUGCUUCAACACCUACCACACCCAAGACAGUAACAACAAUUGCUGAAGAACCCCUUGUAGAAACUCCUUCAACUUCCCCCAGCAGGAACUUUAGAUUCCCUAAAACUAAAGGCGAUGAGAACAGUCAAGAUGGUUACUUUAAAACAGAGGCUGUGUCUUCUAGUAUAUUGUCUAGCCCGAUCUCCCCCUGUAGUCCCAGAGAGAGUGAGACUGAGACCAAACAAACACUAAGUACUGCCAGUAGCAACAGUGACAUUGCUAUGGAAAUAGAAAUGGAGGAGUCUGAAGCAGGUCGAUUAGAGGAUUCAUGUGAUCAGGUACAAGUGUCUUUACAUAGUUCCACCACAGGAGAUCUUGGAUCGGCCCUAUCAGUCAGACUGGCAGAGAUUACCAAUGUGGCUGGUACUGAAUCUAAUACUCCUAGUCCCUGCCCUUCAACAUCAGCUUCCCCUACAAGUUCAGAAAGUGUCAUGAAUGGAUGUCCAUCUGUGGUAAUAAGUGAUGGUCGUAGCCCAGGGCCAGCACCUGGCAGCCCUUUAGCUGCGCUAUUGCAUGGUGUACAUGUAUCUCGAUCAAACCCUUACUAUUAUUCAUUGAAAAAGCGCUGGCUGUGCAAAUUUCUUUACAGUCAUAAUGGUGUUGGAGUAGCUAGACCUGCCAAUGGACUUCGUACAUCCUUGGGAAUUCUUCAACCACCCAAAGUAGCAACAUUGAAUAACAAAACUUUCCACUCAAAACUAAAUAACACAGUUCCUCUUCCUCUGAAGAAACGCCAUCUGAAAUAUUUAAAGACUUCGCUGGGUACUAAAGAUGAAGUAAUGAACAAUAGAACACUGAAUAAUGACAACAUCAGCUCUACGCAUAAUGGACCACUAAGUGAUACAAGUGAUAUAAAACCAUCUUUCAAUCAAUAUGUGUCAUGCGGCGAGGAGCAUAAACCUGCUUCAAGUGUUCAUUGUACAGUCAUGUCCAAUACCUCAAAAGAGGUUAUUAAAUCUUCACAAUCGAGAACUCUAGAGAAUAGACCUUCUAACACUAGAACAUUGGAUAUCAUUCAAAAUGAAGUUCCAUCAAAUAGUGUAGAUACAGCACAAGUUUCAUAUCAGAGUACAACAGAGCAUUCUGUACAAGCUAUUGUUGGUAGAGGCACUCUCGAUACUGUACCAGAUGUUAAACCGGUCAUGAUAAGUACUACUGCAGUUAGACGACCUAGUGACCCUAGAUUGUUAAGUCCGUCAGCAUCCAUUUCCCAACAAUUUCCACAGCAGCCUACCAGCACAGUAAUACAAACUGUUCCUAUUACAACAUCUGUUACCCAGAGUAGUGACGUCAGCUCAGGAACACCAGGAAAGAAAAAGGUCUCACUUCUAGAGUAUCGGAACCGGUCAUUGCAAAGAUUGUCAGGUGAUGGCUCCAAACCAUCACAACCAACCAGCUCUAGCUCAACACCACUAGGUUCUUCUUCUGCCUCAUCUGUGGCAACAUCUGUCGUCAGGUCAAAUAGUGAACCUCAACCGAGUCUUUCAUCUAGUGCUUUGAUAAAGAAGCCAAAGAACUGGGAAGCAAAUGGACCUCGUAUUGAACCAAUCAGUCCAGAUGAAAACGAACGUAUAAAACUAUCUACAAGCAGCAUGACAGGCUUAACUACUUGCAACACUCCACUGUUUGAAGCACUGGCCAAGAAAGAAGUGGGAAUGAAUAUGUAUAACAAGAAGUUAUCGGCACUCAUUUCAGAGCAGCUUCUUAGUGAUCCUAAAUAUUCUCCCACCUCCUCCAAGUCUCCAAGCACGGCAUCCAAUUCACCAAGCAUACCACCCCCACCACCACCCCCACUGGAUACAGCUGGAAAGGGAGAUGCAAUGGAGAUAGAGGAAGAGGAUGGUGUAUCAGACCAGAAGAUCUUCCUUACUACUCCACUAGUGUCGACAUCACGAACUCCCAUCCAACCUUCCACUCAACCCACUUCUCUUAUUUCAGAAUAUGGCCAUCCACACCAGAUUUCAGAAUAUCAUCCCUCUGUUCACGAUCAGCAUCUACAUACCCGUGCACAGAACUUAAUGGUGCCUAUGAUGCAACCUUCUUCUUCUCAACUACCAUCCCAUUCUCAGUCUAGAAUUACUUCCACGCCUUACCUUGUUGCUGCUACUGCUUCUCCGGCCAUGCCUUCCCAGGUUCGGUUUCCCUCAUACCAGAAUCCCUCUUUACAAAGUACGACCUACUAUCAUCAGUAGUUAGUAAUGUGUGAAUAAAAGAUAUGUUUAUGUUGUAAAUAUUUUCAUCCAGGGGACUUACUAUAUCUUGUAAAGUAAACCUUGUAGGUUGUGGUAUUGUAAAUUAACCACAUUGGCUCGUUAUGUUAAAGAGGACUAUUUUCUGGUUACAUAUAUGCUAAGUGUUAAGUAGUUUAGAAAAAUGUAGCAUAUACCAGAAUUCAAAGUUGACCAUCUUUAUUGGUUUAUUUUUAGGUGUUGAAUGGUUACGGAACUUACAUACUACAUACGUUAAAAACGUCCCUCCAAUCCCAUGUAAAAAACACUCUCAAAUAACACUGUAUUUUAUUUAGAUCAUAGUGUGAAAUAAAUGAUAACUAAAUCUCA